UCAAAAAAAAAAGAAUCAAAGAAAGACUGCGGAGCCCAUCGUGUGCUGUCAGGCACACACCAUCAAUAUUCUCUUGACCUAGGAGACAGGGUAGAUCCCUCUCUUCUACGAGCAGGGAGCUCCUCCCUGCAUGACUCUGUGUGACCCCUGGGGUGCAGACUCUAGUCCCAGCGAGUUUACAGUUGAUGGGGGAGUCCACGCCGACAGUGGACCAAGCAGAUGUCAUUAACAAGACAUCCUGUACUUCCUACACACACAUUUUUCUAAUUAGAAAUUUAUUUUGGUAAAGCACUGGUUCCCCCAGUGAGGAUUCACUGUACUAUAAGUCAGUUCUUGAAAUGAUGAGAAAUCCCACUCAUCAGAGUAGCAUGCGGCUGGGAGGGAAAUCUGGGUAGCAGCAAAGUGAGUCACACUCGAGAGUGGGCUCAACCUCUUUGAAUCUGCUCUGUGUUCUGAUGAAUCAUAAGAAAACAUCCUUCUGACAAACUGGUCCAGUCAGUUUUCCUAGGGAAAACCUGGAUUCAAAUCCCAGCUCUUGCUCUUACUAGCUAUAUGACUUCGCUCAAGUGGCUUAAUCCGUGAAAUGGGAUUCAUGAUCCUGGCUCCUGCGUGGUUAUAAACAUGAAAAGGAUGAAGCAGGGAAAAUGCAUGCAUGGUUUAUACGCUCGGACGAUGUUGGGAGCUCACACUCCUUCCCUCUGGAAUGCACACUGUCUCUUCCCAUCAGGAUGAGAAUCUCUUAUUUAGGGAAUGAGCCAAUGAAAGAGCCUUAAGGUGAUCGUGUUUAAUUUGGGCAGUAAGACACAUAGGAGAAACGUUUCUCUAAUUCCUGCAACUGUGCUAUUGAUAACAGUUCUCUCUAGGCAAAAACGGAGAUAAAAGCAUCAUAACGGCCGGCGCUUUAUGGCUUGCCCUCUGUCAUUCCAGAUGUCGGUGCAGAUCUCUUGGCCAUGUGCCAGCGAAACAUUGCCCUCAACAGCCUGGCUGCCACUGGAGGUGGUGUAGUUAAGGUCAAAGAACUGGACUGGCUGAAGGACGACCUCUGCACAGAUCCCGAGGUCCCCUUCAGUUGGUCACAAGAGGAAAUUUCUGACUUGUACGAUCACACCACCAUCCUGUUUGCAGCCGAAGUGUUUUACGACGACGACUUGACUGAUGCUGUGUUUAAAACACUCUCCCGACUUGCCCAUAAAUUGAAAAAUGCCUGCACGGCCAUCCUGUCGGUGGAGAAGAGGCUCAACUUUACACUGAGACACUUGGACGUCACGUGUGAAGCCUACGAUCACUUCCGCUCCUGCCUGCGUGCACUGGAGCAUCUCAGGGAUGGCAACCUGCGCUUCGUGGUGGAGCCCGUAGAGGCCUCCUUCCCGCAGCUCCUGGUUUACGAGCGCAUCCGGCAGCUGGAGCUCUGGAAGAUUGUUGCAGAACCAGUAACAUGACCCAGUGCCUCCACAAGGCACGGCAUCUUGACUCUUCUUAUAGUGGAUUUCUAUUAAAAUCGGAAGCUCACCGAAGCA